AUGGAGAUCAAAGCGACUGAAGAAGCUCCCUUGACCAAGUCCGCGGUUGUGACCGCAUGGCAGUUUGUGGCUGCCCAUCCUUUCGUGAUCCUCUUCCUGCUCCUGUUUGUGCGACCUCUAUGGAGACGCUAUUCCUCGCCUCUGCGACAAUUCCCAGGGCCAUUCAUCGCCUCGUGCACGCGAGCCUGGAAAGUAUGGAGCACUUGGUCUGGUCAGACCGAGCAACAUCACAUUGCGCUUCACAAGAAAUAUGGUAGCCCGGUCGUCCGCAUCGCACCAAACGAGGUGUCUUUUUCGAAUCCAGAAGCUGCAGUUGAAUUGUUCAAGACCGGGAAGGGGUUCCACAAGACAGACUUCUAUGGAGUGUUCCCACCGCCCGAGAACCCCGACAUAUUCACCGAGACUCGAGAGGCUGUUCACGGCGUUAAGAAGCGAUAUGCAGCAACUCCUUACAGCCUGGCCUCGAUGCAGCAAUGCACGCCUCGAAUUGAGGAAACUGAAAAGCUCUUGAUCUCCAAAUUGGACGAGUUUGCCGACAAUAAUAAGAUCUGCGAUUUUGGCGACUGGCUUCAUUUCUUUGCGUUUGAUGUUCUGGGCGAAGUGGCGUUCUCCAAGAAGUUCGGCUUUCUCGAUGCGGGUGUCGAUGUCGACCGUGCCAUCAAGACGAUCGAUAACUCUCAAUGGUACAACGGCAUUGUGGGCCAGGUUCCCUGGCUCGACUACCUGUUCCGACGAAAUCCACUAUGGAACUUGAUUCCGUUCAUGUCCAGCAAAAAUGCGCUCAUCACGAAGACGGCAUUGGGACAACUCCAACAGCGCCAGGGUCCGGAAGGAGAGAAAGUCGAGUAUAAGGAUCUGCUCAACAGCUUGAUCGUGGCGCAGAAGGAGCAUCCCGAAGCCCUAGGUCCUGGCGAUGUGUUCGCGAUUGCACACGGCGCCAUUUUCGCAGGUAGCGAUUCGACCGCAAGCACGAUGCAAAGCUUCUUCUGGUAUGUCUUGUCCAACAAGAGAAUUUACGACAAGCUGGUCGAGGAGAUCAUGUCUGCCAAUUUGUCUGAGAUGGUCAUGUACAACGAGGCACAGAAUCUGCCGUAUUUCCAAGCUUGUCUGAAGGAAGCCAUGAGGAUUGCUCCUGCUGUCGGGUUGAACAUUACAAGAAAGGUCCCUCCUGGCGGCGCCGAGAUUGACGGUGUCAAAUUACCCGAGGGCACCGCUGUCGCCGUGAAUGGGUGGGUCUUGCAUAGAAACAAGAGUGUCUUUGGCGAUGAUGCCGAGGUGUACCGACCCGAGAGAUGGCUCGACGAUGAUAAGGAGAAGGUCAAGAUGAUGGAGCGGUGCAUGUUCCAGUUUGGUGGCGGUUCGCACGUGUGCAUCGGACGACACCUUGCCCUACUCGAGAUGAACAAAGUCAUCCCCGAACUUCUGCGGCGAUAUGAUAUCCAGCUCGUUAAUCCGGGAAAGAAACUUGACCAUCAUUCGAGCUUUUUCGUCGUGCAGUGGGGAUUAUUGACUUAUAUGCGGUUGAGGGGGAAGGCGUGA